AUGGGAUCAUGCGCAGAUGAGAAGCCUGGCAGGUUGGUCGAGGCUCUUAGCUCAGGAUGGGAAUUCAAGCAGAGCGACAGCGGGGAUGACCAAUGGCUGCCGGUGGCUCGCGUGCCUAGCGUUGUACAUCUUGACCUUCUGGACAAUGGCAAAAUCCCGGAUCCCUUUUUGGAGCUCAAUGAGCUGGAAACCGACUGGGUUGCUGAAAAGUCAUGGACGUAUCGCGUCGAUUUCUCGACCCCAAAGGCGCCUCGCGGGUGCAAAAGUGUUCUAGUGUUCGAAGGACUGGACACAUAUGCUUCCGUGUAUCUCAACAAUCAGUUGAUCUUGACAAGUGAGAACAUGUUUUUGAGCCACACUGUAGACGUGACAACCGUCUUGAAACAUGAUGGCACCAAUCACCUCAGCAUUGACUUUGAUUCGGCUCUUCUCCGUGGCCGGAAGAUUCAAAGCCAGCACCCUGAGCACGACUUCAUCGCCCAUAAUGGGGAGUCCAGUCGGCUAGCUGUUAGGAAAGCCCAGUACCAUUAUGGUUGGGACUGGGGUCCAAUACUAAUGUGCUGUGGGCCGUGGAAGCCAGUUCGCUUGGAGACAUAUAUGGCCAAGAUUGACGAUCUUUGGUCGGACAUCAAAGUCGAUAGUGGACUCGCCUCUGCUUCUGGAAAGGUAUUUGCGAGAGUUGACGGGCCCGCAGAUCAUGUCCAGUUCAAAGUGGCAUUUGAUGGCCAGAUAUUGGUUGAAGCGACAGCGGCCGUCGGGGAAGGGGGUGUGGCAAGCGUGGAUUUCCAUCUUGACAACCCGAAGCUGUGGUAUCCUCACAGUUAUGGCGCUCAACCUCUUUAUGAUGUUUCAGCAAGGCCCCUCGAUGGCACGACAAAUACCGCAUUUGAUGAGGCUGUGACCAAAAGGGUCGGCUUUCGCAAGGUUGAAUUAGUCAGGGAUCAAGACAAACACGGGCGGUCCUUCUACUUCAGAGUCAACGGUGUCGACGUUUUCUGCGGCGGAUCUUGCUGGAUUCCCGCCGAUAGCUUCCUGACACGAAUUUCUGCAGCCCGGUAUCGAGGCUGGCUUCAAAUGACGGUUGAUGCAGGCCACAUCAUGACCAGGGUUUGGGGAGGAGGCAUCUACGAAGAUGAUGCGUUCUAUGAUAUCUGCGAUGAGCUGGGCAUUCUGGUCUGGCAAGACUUCAUGUUCGCCUGUGCUUCAUAUCCGACAUUUCCGUCAAUACUGGAGAGUAUCCGGGCAGAAGCCAGGUGCAAUGUUCAACGACUACGACAUCACGCCUCGAUAAUCAUUUACGCGGGCAACAACGAGGACUACCAAGUUCAGGAGCUGCAUAAGCUCAAGGUUGACUACGAUGAUAAGGACCCGGAGUCCUGGCUCAAGUCUGAAUUCCCAGCUCGAUACAUAUUCGAGCAUCUCCUACCCGGUGUCAUGGCAGAGGAGGCGCCUAAUGUGCUUUAUUGGCCGAGCUCGCCAUUCUCUGGAGAAGGAAAACUCUCCUCCGACCCAACCACAGGUGAUGUACACGAAUGGGAUGUAUGGCACGGCAAGCAAGAAAAGUAUCAGCUGUACGAGACGAUAGGAGGUCGUUUCGUGAGCGAAUUUGGCGUUGAGUCUUUGCCCAACAUAGAGACCGUCAAAUAUUUUGCGCCAAAUCCGGCCGACCAGCAUUCUCACUCUCGCGUGCUCGACUUCCACAACAAGUUUGAUGGCCAGGAGCGACGGCUUGCCGGCUAUUUCUCGGAGAACUUCAGACCAGUGGGCGACCUAGAGUCUUACAUCCACACCACACAGAUUGCUCAGGCCGACGCCAUGUCCUACGCUUACUCGGGCUGGCGCAAGCAGUGGGGCCAGGACCGCAGGUGCGGCGGCGCCCUGGUAUGGCAGCUCAACGACUGCUGGCCUUGCGCCUCCUGGGCCGUGGUCGACUACUUUCUGCGCAAGAAGCCGGCCUACUACGCCAUCGGUCGGGCCCUCGCGCCCGUGGCCGUCGGCGUCCGGCGCGAGAUCCACGACUGGUGCGUGCCCCACGAUCGCGGCGCGAACAAGGCGCUUAGCUACGACCUCUGGGUCGUCAGCGGCAGAACAGAGGAGGUGCUGGCCGACGUCGAGCUGCGCUUUGUGUCAAUCGCUACCGGCAAGGAUAUCAAGGAGCGGCGGUUCAAGGAGGGCGUCCGCGUAGCGCCGUGUAGCACGACGCCGGUGUUUGAGGGUGUGGUCGAGGCUGGGCUGGAGCCGCAUGUCCUCGCGUCGAAGCUUUGGGUCGACGGGGUAUGUGUGUCUCGAGAUGUCGACUGGCCGCAGCCGCUCAAAUAUCUAUCCUUCGAGGACAGAGGUAUCCAAGUCACUUCUCGUGCAGAGAAUAGCGAGAUUGUGAUUAGCGCGGAGAAGCCGGUAAAGGCAUUCGUCUUCGAGGAACGCGACGGAGUGAAGCUCAGUGACUCCGCUCUGAGCAUCAUCCCUGGGGAUGAGCAGGUUAUCAAGAUCACUGGUAUGAAUGCAGGUGACAAGCCACUCGGUUGGCGGUACCUGGGACAGACCAAUUGA